CGUCCGCAGUCUGCCUCAGCACCGCCCGCAAUGCCCUUGGACACCGCCGCCCCGCAAACUCCCGCAGCGCCCUGACUGGCCGCGUCUCUCUCGGAGGUUUCCCUGGAUGUUACUUCAGUGUGCACUGUCCCGAGUCCUCUGCGCUGCGUGACGCGAAUGGAGAAGGUCCAAGGAUAACAAGAGGCUGCAGGGUUUCGCUGCUGCAGGAGACCUGCCGGCAGUCUGCUGGCCGGGGGAGGGCUGUCUGUCACAGGCUGCGGUCAUCCAUUUAUUUUGAUCACCUCCAAAACGCCUGUGUAUGGAUACAUCAUGGCUACGUUCAUGUGCAGGGUACAGUUCUUAGAUGAUACUGAUCCAUUCAACAGCACCAAUUUCCCCGAGCCCACCAGACCACCUCUGUACCCUUUCAGGGAAGAUAUUCCUCUGAUCAAUCAGAUUGCUGGAGUCCACAGGCUGCUGAAAGCCCCACAGAAGCCUGACGACUGUGCCCUUCAGCUGUCCCAUAAUGGAAGCUACCUGGACUUGGAGUCUACCCUGGCAGAGCAGAGGGAUGAACUGGAGGGAUUUCAGGAGGAAGGAGGGAGAGGGAAGAAACACAGCAUCAUUCUCCGAACACAGCUGUCGGUCAGAGUUCACGCCUGCAUUGAAAAACUCUACAACUCCACUGGACGUGAGCUACGUAGAGCCCUCUUCUCCCUCAAGCAGAUUUUUCAGGAUGACAAGGACCUGGUGCACGAGUUCGUGGUGGAGGAGGGACUGACAUGUUUGAUAAAAGUGGGAGCCGAAGCCGACCAGAACUACCAGAACUACAUCCUCAGGGCUCUCGGACAGAUAAUGCUGUAUGUGGACGGGAUGAAUGGCCUUAUAUCUCACAAUGAAACGGUCCAGUGGCUUUACAGCCUGGUCGGAUCCAAGUUCCGUCUGGUGGUGAAGACGGCGCUGAAGCUGCUGCUGGUGUUUGUGGAGUACACAGAGUCGAAUGCCGCGCUGCUCAUAAAGGCUGUGAACGGUGUGGACGCCAAAAGAGCUACAAAGCUGUGGUCAAACGUCGUGGAGAUCCUCGACGAGAAGGAUGGAGUGGACACGGAGCUGCUGGUGUAUGCGAUGACUCUCAUCAAUAAGACUCUGGCAGGCCUCCCCGACCAGGACUCCUACUACGACAUGGUGGACUGUCUGGAGGAACAGUGCAUCGAGACCAUGGCCCAGAGACACCUGAGCAGGAAGGGCACAGACCUUGACCUCAUUGAACAGUUCAACAUCUACGAGACGACAUUGCGCCAUGAGGAUGGUGACGACGAAGCCCAGCUGCCUCCCAGCGGCCGAAAGGACCGCCGACGGUCUAGCGUUGGCGGCACCAACGAAAGACGGGGCCUGGAAAGAAGACGCAGCCGGAGACAUUCGCUCCAGAACAGCAGAGGCCACGCCUCUGCCCCAGCAUCGCCCAGCAGCCCGCACACACGUUCAGGCAGCUUCCUGCCAUUCAGUGGCCAAAGUGUUGAAGACAUCAGUGAAAGUCUGACAGAUACAAACGACUCUUCUUCAUCUUACUCAGCUAGAAAGCCUUGCUGGGCUGAAAGAAUCAAUGCCAAUGGCACUCCGUACCCCGGCAGGCACCAGGCUCCCACAUCAGCCGCCCAUCGCUUCUCCAGUUCAGCGGCCUCGGCACCAGAGCCCAAGCCUGACAGACCCACUUUAGGGGGCUUGCUAACGUCGUCGUACCGACAGCAUCAAGAAUCGCUGGCUGCAGAGAGGGAACGGAGACGCCUGGAAAGAGAAGAGCGUCUGCAGAGAAUCGAAAGAGAGGAGAGGAAUCGCUUCAAUCGAAAUUACGCAGACAAGCUGGAGGAAGUUCGACAAGCCCGGGAAGAAAGGUACAAGGCUGUGGAGAGGGUAGCUGCAGAGGAGUUUGAGCGGGAGCGACCUCGAGCGCCGACACGCGGACGGACAGAGAUCACGUUGUGUUUGAGUUCCAAUCCCACCAGCCGCUCGGCAUCGCGCUGUGCCACGCCCUCGUCCAUCAUCUCACAGGAAGACGCCGUCCCCACUGCACAGCAACCGUCAGGAACAGACCACACCUCAGAGCCAAACCUUGACCCACAGACAAGGACGAAAAGUCCAGCGCCAGAAUUAACAGUAUCAGGAGCUCCCCCCACACCUCCCUCCUCCGAGCCAGAGAGUCAGCAGACUGAGCCAGAGUCGCCGGCAGAGACGGAGGAUGUUGCUGAGUCUCAUCAGAAUGUAGUGGCAGAGCCGGCAUCAGAUGAACAGUCCGGCAAGGAGAGAGAGGAGAGACCGGAGCAGGAGAAGCCCGAGGAGCAGGAACAGUGCAGGGAUGAGGCCGAGGUGCAAGAGCAGGUGGAGGAAGCCAAGGUAGAGGAGGUGGAGGUAGAGGAAGUGGAGGUAGAGGAAGCGGUGGUAGAAGAAGCAGUGGUAGAGGAAUCGGAGGUGGCACACGUUGCAGAGGUAGGAGAGACAGAUGUGGAGGUGGAGGUAGAAUUAGAGGAGGAGUGUGAGAAGGAGGAGCCGAUGGAAAGGGAUGUAGAAGAUAGCGUACUGCUAAGUGAGAAGGAGAGACAGAAUGAGGAGGUGAAUGAAAAAGACAACUGCUCUGCAUCCAGCAUCUCCUCCACGAGUAGCACUCUGGAGAGAGAGGAGCGGGAGGAGAAGCUCAGCAGUGAUAUCGACGCAGGCCAAUGGAGUCAGUGCAUUAAAGACGCAGAUGUGAACGACCAGUGCAACAAGAUUCUCAACAGCAAGCGCUUCAUGCUGGACAUGCUCUACGCUCAGACGACCACCAACGUGGAUGAGGAGAAUGUUGCUGAGACAGAGAAAGAGAAAUGUCAGUGCGAGAAGGAGACGGAGCUCAGUGACUCGGCGGUGGCGAGUUUGGCCAGCAGGAUCUCCACCCUGGAGGCUCACAGACAGGCCAGAGAGGAAAAUGUGAAAAAGAUGGAGGUGGGACAUCUGGACAACCAGGGCAGUGUCCGAGCAGUGGCGGAGAAGUUUGGAGAUUUGGUCAAAGGGUUGGCUUCUCCAGAGGUGGAGGCCUCGAAGGAGCAGCAGCAGCAGCAGACAGACAAAUCCUUGUCGACCGCUGCCUCAUCAGCUUUACCUCCAAAGAAGGAGUCAGAUUAUAUCUGGGAUCAGCUGAUGGCGUCUCCCAGGGAGCUGCGGAUCAAAGAAAUUGACUUCACGGACCUAAGGGAUGAGGACGACCUGGACAUUUUAGACAUGGACACUAUUAUGGGGUCAAGUGACCUGAUACCACCGCCUCCCCCUCCUCUGUGCAACGCUGCCCUGCCACCACCCCCGCCGCUGUUCGGGUGCCCACCGCCUCCCCCUAUGCUUGGCAAAAUGAUGCCGCCGCCCCCGCCGUUCAUGAUCCCUAUCCCUCCGCCCUCCCCUCAGCUCUGUCGAGGGGAGGUGCCUCUCUUCCAGAAGAAGAAGAAGACCAUCCGUCUCUUCUGGAAUGAGGUUCGUCCUGUGGACUGGCAGUGUAAGAGCCAUAAAUUCUGUAAGGAGUCCCUCUGGUCCAAACUGGAGCCAAUUAAACUGGACACGUCCAAACUGGAGCAGCUGUUUGAGUCUAAAUCCAAGGAGCUGCCUGUCACCAAGAAAGCAGCUGUUGAUGGAAAACGACAAGAAAUAAUCGUCCUGGAUUCGAAACGGAGCAACGCCAUAAACAUCGGCCUGACAGUCUUACCUCCUCCCCGCACCAUCAAGACCGCCAUCCUCAACUUCGAUGAGUACGCACUGAACAAGGAGGGAAUUGAGAAAAUCCUGACAAUGAUCCCCACAGAGGAGGAGAAACAGAGGAUCCAGGAGGCUCAGCUGGUCAACCCUGAUAUUCCCCUGGGCAGCGCUGAGCAGUUCCUCCUCACCCUCUCCUCCAUCACAGAGCUGUCUGCUCGCCUGCAGCUGUGGGCAUUCAAGAUGGAUUAUGAGCUUAUAGAAAAGGAAGUGGCCGAGCCUCUACAGGACCUGAAGGAAGGGAUGGACCAGUUAGAGAAAAACAAGACACUCCGCUACAUCUUGACCACACUGCUGGCCAUCGGCAAUUUCCUCAACGGCACUAGUGCUAAAGGUUUUGAGCUGAGCUACUUGGAGAAAGUGCCAGAGGUGAAGGACACGGUUCACAAGCAGUCUCUGCUGCACCACGCCUGCGCCAUCGUGGUCGAGAAGUUUCCCGACAGCACUGACCUCUACUCAGAGAUCGGAGCCAUCACCCGAUUGACAAAGGUGGACUCUGAUCAGCUCCAAGACAACCUUACCCAAAUGGAGCGAAGGUGCAAAGCAUCAUGGGAUCACCUCAAGGUCAUUGCAAAACACGAGAUGAAACCAGCGUUGAAACAAAAAAUGUCAGACUUCGUUAAAGACUGCGCAGAGAGAAUUAUCAUCCUGAAGAUUGUACAUCGGAGAAUCAUCAACAGGUUUCAUGCCUUCCUGCUGUUCCUGGGCCAUCCAAUAUAUGCGGUACGUGAGGUCAGCAUUCAUCGCUUUAGCAAAAUCCUGAGCGAGUUUGCCCUGGAGUAUCGCACAACGAGAGAACGUGUGCUGCAGCAGAAACAGAAGAGGGCCAACCACCGAGAGAGGAACAAGACCAGGGGGAAAAUGAUAACAGAUAGUGAGGAUGACGAUGAUUGUGAGAGUGGUAAAUUUGGCAGUUCCCCGUCAGAUGCACCGGAGAGCCAGCCUCAGGGCAUCCAGUGCGCCGAAGACGCAGCUGAACAUGAGAACAUGAAGGCCGUGCUGAAGAGCAGCCUGUCGGAAGGAGGGAGCGGGACGUCCACGGUGCCGGGCCUCCGCACACGCACCAGAGCAGCCGGCGUCAGAGGGCGUGUUGCUCCAUGGUGCUCUGCCACUGACGACCCGGUCAACUGCACAGACGACACGGCUGAUGAGAUCAUGGAGAGGAUUGUCAGGUCAGCCACUCAGGGGCCCAGCCAGCGGACGCAACCUCGAGAGAGGAGACGGUCUCGUGUCAACCGAAAAUCACUGAGACGGACACUGAAGAACGGUUUGACGACGGAGGAGGCCAGCGCUCUGGGCUUGUCCAGUGGUUCGGAGAUGCAGGUAUGAGAUGGGCCUGGAUCCCAUUGGACAUUAAGAUGCCUGGAAUCCCUUUUACCGCCCCCUCCAAUGCCUACCACCAACCUGGCAACCCUCUGCUCCCUGACUUGGCACUUAUCCCCCUUAGCUUUGAUGAGUUGAUCUCGUUUUUUUUUUUUGCCUUUGGUUUACAUAGGCUUGACGCAAGGGCUUCCUGAGGAGAGUGAAUAGAAGGCUGAACCAAGAUUUGAUUCACAAGCCUGCAGGGCGGAGGUAGCAAAAACAGAGCGCCGCAUUCAAACCACUGAGCUUUGCUGCUGCUGGAUAAACAUCGUCGAUCUGCACUCACAAGACGUAAUCACCAUCAUCCUUCAAACGUGACGUCGCUCACAAACACCUGUGCUUAAAGUGUAUUUUUUUAAGGACAAGGUCACGAAAAAAGUUGGCAGAGCGUGAGGUUCGAUCUCCGUGGCCACACUCUCAAUCCAGAGGGUUGAGAGUGUGGUGCAGACUCUUCACCGACUCGGGUUUAGUGUCGGCCCCACAGCUUUAGCAUCGAAAUGAAUCAAAAGACGCUUUCAUCUAUUGAAUGGAUGGAUUUGUGCAGAGCUAUUCUGUUAGAUACUACUGUGGUAGUUUUGUGUUUCUGUUCCAUGUUGCUCAAGAAGGUGCUCAAAUAAGAAACAAAAUGCACUGGAUGGGAAAGUAUCAACAGAACGUAAAAUCCUUUGACACUGAUGAACCACUCUGACAUCUGAAUCCGAAAAUACACUCAACUAUUUUACCAGCAAUCUAACAGUAGCACAGUUUUUAAAUCAUAUGAAUCAAAGUCGACAGGUUCAAGGCGGAAGUGUGUUAGUUCACCGGCUGAGAAGGAAUUUACCAGAGAAACGGUGCAAGUACUUUUUGAGGAGAAAGAGACGGUUGCUGUGGUGUAACUGCUCGUCUCUAACAGUUUUUGUUAGAAGUUCCAUCACGUGACCUUCUCUCACUGACGGUUGGGGACAGGUUGGGUUUGGGGCACAAUGUUACAGGUGAGCAACCUUCAUAAGUUAUGUUGUUUUAUUUUCUAGAAACUAUGAGCUGCACAUUUCAGAGUGCCUUUAAAAGACCGUUAUUUAUUAAGAUGUUUUCAGGGAAAUAAAAAAUAAAAAAAAAUAAAAGGAGAUGAUACUACAAAUGUGCAGUCUGUGAGGGUGAGACAUCAUGUUGCAAUCAUCCAUGAGCUGUGAUUUAUUUUUAAACCAGUGUUUUUGAAACUUGUCCUGACAAGAAUUUCUGUUUUUCUUUUUCUUUUCACGUUAUCUCUUGGAUCAAAUAGUUGUGUUAUGAAGAUAGCUUUAAGGUAUUUAUGACAACUUAGGGUUGGUUAUGCACAUGUAGCUGUAUCCUGUGGCCUUACUGUAGAAUAUUGGCAUGUGAUGUUCCACUCUAGUCAAGCUCUAGGUACAAAUGUUACAGUAAAAACAAUAACAAAUAGAUCAGGCCAAAUUAGGGUGUAGUUCACUGGAGAUCUCAGUUUGUCAUGUGGAGUAUUCUUUCAUUAUUUAACUAUGAAUGUGAACAUCAGGGGUAACAUGAUAAUCAGUAACAAGGGCGCACAGUAAAAUCUAAUUUAUCUACGUUCAAACGUGUAUAGAAGUGAAUAAGGAGCCUGCAGUUCAAACUUUUCAAUGUGUGUUUGAACUAGCGAUGUGCUUUUAAUUUAGAAUGGCCUUGGUUACACUUUAACACGCUUCCUUAAACUCAAUAUCAUGGCUUGUAAUUUGCAAAGUUAACUCAUCCACUCGCAAAUUUUUGUGGUGGAAACACAGCCAUUAGGAGGAAACUACCGCAACACCAUGCUAAAGCUAUGAGGAAGAAAACACACACCAGCAGUACGUUGUUUUUGUUUCAUUUAGAUUUUACUGAAAACUAUUCAGCACCUUAGACUCAAUGUGUAGCAUGCAACGUAGACCUGAAGUUACGAGGGAAGUGGGCUCAUUGUGUUUCCCCAGAUUGUACUGACUAUUGUCAAAAACGAGACACAAUAGAUGUGUAAAGUAAUAAAGGGCAAUGCUGUAAAAUGAUGUACAUGUCAUGGCGAUGUCUUUGUGUUCUUGUUUGUUUGUUUCCUGCUCCAUGUGUAGAAUAGUGUAUUAUAGACUAAAAGCAGUAUUAUUCUAAAUAUAAUUUAAGGUGGUUUAAAAAGGUGUCACUUCUGCUUGAUACAAAGGGAGGUUCACUGUGGUCGUCGGAGCUGUAGGGUUUGUGUGCGUGUUGAGAACGUUGUACUUUACGGACUGGUUUUUAAUUUACCAGCUACUCCUGUGGAAUCUCUUAGAAGCCUUUUGAUGACAUUGCAUCCUUCGUUUUUAUUCUUUUCAUUUAACGUUCGCUUACCACGCACACACAAACACAUGUCGCUGCCUGUGCCAUAACAUCACUAUGGAACUUGGGACACGAGCACUACACAAACAAGGCUUCCGUUGCAUCUUUGUGCCCACAGCAAAAACUAUGUAACAACUACAAUAAAAAGGCUCAUUAAAACGCA